UCGUCCAAAACCCUAGCGGCCCAAUCCGACUUCCGAACUUCACGAAGAACACAAUUCUGCUCAAGAAUGAGAAACCACUGGCGAUUGCUUCUUCUUCUCCGAUCAUCUCAACAGCACAUUUCCAGAAGCAUAUAUCACUCUCACUCAAGCUUGCAGGUACAGAACUCUUUCCGUUGCUUUUCUUCUUCAUUCCUCCACUCCCGUGCACAUCACUUAGCUCCUCCCCGAAUCUGUAACUCCUUCCGUUGUUUCUCCACCUCUGACCUCGCCGUCGAUCACAAAGACCCGUCGGAUCAAGUUACUGUUCUGUAUGAUAUAUUUUCUAAUGCGGACAAAAGCAGUGAGGAUAUUCGGGUUGAUUUAGAGUCAAAUGGUGUUGGUAUUAGUCAUGACUUGGUGCUUAGGGUUUUGCGGAAUCAGGAAUUUGCGCCUGAGUCGGCAAGAAGGUUUUUUGACUGGGUUUCAGAGAAUGAGAGUGAGAGGUUGAGCUCAAAAGCGUAUAAUCUAAUGUUGGGAAUACUAGUUAAUAGCGGCAAUGUGAAGGAGUUCUGGGAAAUGGUUGAUGCUAUGAAGAAGAAAGGGUAUGGAGUGUCUAAAGGUGCAUUUGCUAGGGCUUUGGGGAAAUUUGAGAAGGAAGGGUUAAGUGGUGAUGUACAGAAGUUAAAUCAGUUGUAUGCUUCUGGCUCCACAGAUAAUUCCAUUGAGAAGGUUUGUAAGAUUAUCCGCCAAAAUGUUUGGGAUGAUAAUGUGGAAAAGCAGUUGAAGGAUAUCAACUAUACUAGUGAUUUGGUUUCAAUGGUACUGGCUAAUCUUCAAAAUGAAACUAGUAAGGCAUUGAUAUUUUUUAGGUGGAUUGGAGAGAGUGGUUUGCUUAAACAUGAUGAGCGGACAUUUAAUGCUAUGGCGAGAGUUUUGGGUAGGGAGGACUCAACUGAGAAGUUUUGGAGGGUUAUAGGUGAACUGCGAGAUGCUGGGUACGAAAUGGAGAGGGGGACAUAUGUUGAAGUCUUGGAACACUUUGUUAAGAGGAAAAUGAUUAAAGAAGCUGUUGAACUCUAUGAGUUUGCAAUGGCUGGUGCAAAUAAGCCAUCAUUGCAUGAUUGUACUCUUCUUUUGAAGAAAAUAGUUGUUAGUAAGGAGCUUGAUUUGGAUUUGUUCUCAAAAGUUGUGAGGGUUUUCACAGAAAGUGGGAAUUUGUUGACAAAUAACACCCUUGAUGCUGUUCUGAAGUCAUUGACCAGUGUGGCAAGAUGGGAGGAAUGCAAUAACAUCUUGAAAGCAUUGGAAAAAUUUGGUCUCUCACCUAAUGGGUCUCAACAGAGUAAGAUUGCAUAUCAUCUUAGUUCGUGUGGAAAGACUGAUGAGGUAACUCAGUUUGUGACUAAUAUGGAUGCAUCAGGUUCCAGUCUGAAUUACAAAACAUGGGUAUCUUUAGUAGAUGGAUACUGUGCAGCUGGUGAUCUAAGUAAAGCCUCUGAUACUCUUGAAAAAAUGAUUGGAAAAGAGGGGCCUUCUCAUGCUGGGUGUGCUUUAGAAUUGUUGGUGUCAGCAUACUGUCGCAAGAAGAGAACUAAUGAUGCACUCACACUUGUUAAGAAUAUGGUCAGUGAGAAAGAUUUACGUCCUUGGCAAAGCACAUAUAAGUUAUUAGUAGGAAAGCUCUUGGUUGGUAGACAAUUUUCGAAAGCUCUAGAUGUUCUGCACAUGAUGAAAGAUCACGGGUACCCACCUUGCCUCGAUCCAUUCAUCAAGUAUCUCUCCGAGAACGGCAGUGCUGAUGAUGCUAUUGCGUUUUCAGAAGCAAUGACAGUGAAGAGAUUUCCAUCAACAUCAGUAAUUCUCCGUCUAUUUGAAGCAUAUUUUAAAGCAGGCCGGCAGAGUGCAGCGCAAGACUUUCUUGCCAAAUGUCCAAAAUACAUACGUGACAAUGCUGAUGUUUUAGAGCUGUUUUAUUCCAUGAAACAUGAAAAAGCAGCAACCACCCAAAUCUCUGCUGCUUAAUAUUUAAACAGAUUUUUCGUCGAAUGUAUUUUGUCACUAAAAUGCAGUAGGGCAUUUUUUAAAAUUUAGAUAUUAAGAACAUUUCCUAUCAGUUUCAAUUUGGUUUCUUGCUCGAAUCUUGAUUAGCUUGACUUUAUCUGUAAUAAGAUCUUUGAGAAAUUUUGUUCAUCUUAUGCUUCAUUUGUUCCAUCUAGCUUUCUUGACUGGAAAACAAAUGAGAAGGUUUAUUGUUCUUCUA